AGAUGUCAGAGAACAUAUGGGGGGUGUUGGAUGCUGUGUGUGCUCGGCUGGCACCUGUUGCUGCUUCAUCAUUCGCGCUGGUCUUCUUUUGUUUUGUUUCUUUUAAAGGAUUUUUAACUACAGAAUCGUCCACCUCACACCAGGACCAUGUCGAAGGCGGAAAGUGACUCUAACUACAGUCGGUUCUAUUUUGAUAAUCCCAAAUCCAGAAUCCAGAGCAGCUUCGUGUCUUCUGGACCCACGUUUGUCGUUUUGAUGGUGAUGAUGGUGACUUUGGUUGUUCUGAUAGUUUUGGGCAACGCACUGGUCAUUUUAGCCUUUAAAGUAGACAAGAGUUUGAGAAAACAGUGCAAUUACUACUUCCUCAAUUUGGCAAUAUGCGAUUUUCUUGUAGGGGCCUUCUGCAUCCCAGUCUACAUCCCAUAUAUCCUUACAGGCAGGUGGACACUGGGUCGAGGAUUGUGUAAGCUGUGGCUGGUUAUGGACUACCUGCUUUGUUCUGCAUCUGUCUUUAACAUUGUUCUUAUCAGCUAUGACCGCUUCCUGUCAGUCACCAGAGCAGUGAGUUACCGUGCGAGGCAGAGCAUGACUCAUCGAGCCAUAAUCAAGAUGAUUGCUGUCUGGCUACUGGCCUUUGUCCUGUACGGCCCAGCGAUCAUAUUCUGGGAGCUGGUGGUGGGCAGGAGCCGCGUGCCAAAGGACGAGUGCUUCGCGGAGUUCUAUUACUCUUGGUACUUCCUGCUGAGUGCCUCCAUGCUGGAGUUUUUCUCUCCUUUCAUCUCUGUGGCAUUCUUCUACCUCAGCAUUUACCUCAGCAUACGCAGGAGGAGGCUCCACAGCAGGGAGGUGCAGCUCCAACUUCAUCUGAGCGAACCGGCCUGCGCCCAGGGGGAAGGUGUCCCCCUGUCCCACAACAUGGGGUUUGGGAUGAAACUGGCUGUGAGAGGCUCCAUUCACUCUCAGACCUCCUCUCCUAGUUUGGGUAAACUCGAUCCCUCCACCAGCAGGGCAGCCCAGCCCAGCCGUCUGUCCAGGGAUAAGAAAAUUGCUAAGUCCCUGGCUGUCAUAGUGAGUGUGUUUGCCAUCUGCUGGGCACCGUACACCCUACUGAUGAUCAUCCGUGCUGCCUGCAGAGGGCGGUGCAUCCAGCAUCACUGGUACGAGGUCACCUUCUGGCUCCUGUGGCUCAACUCUGCCAUUAACCCAUUCCUGUACCCACUUUGUCACAGCAGCUUCCGAAGGGCCUUCAGCAAGAUCCUGUGCCCGAAGCGGCGCACAACUCCUGCAUCGUCUGUGUUUCGUGCUGGACGGUGAGGACGGGUUAACACGGAUGAAUGGUAAAUGUUUACAAUGUUCCAAACUAUGGAUUUAAAUAAUUAAAAAUGUAAAGCAUAAUUCCACAGUUUAAGAGCUCAGAUGAUUAACUUUGUACAGUAUCUUACGAUAAAGACAAGGUUAAAUAGUUUUUAGUUGUACUUUCCAAUGUUUGAAUGUAUAUGAAUAAUAAUCAUUAAUUGUCGAUCAGGUCAACCCUUUACAACUGAAGUAUGUAUUUAACAUACAUCAUAAGCAUAAUAUGCAUAAAGCAUAAUAUUUCCUGUAUUGUGCUUUACUAACAUAAUAAUUCUUAAAAUGAAUAUUAUGAGGUUUAUAUAACCUGUAAGAUCAGGAUGAGUUUAGUAGAGCUGUACUGUUUGAUAGGCAGGGAAAAAAAGUGAAACCAAUUCUGUCUGUUAGUACCAUGCAGACAAAAUAAUAAGGAGAUCUGCCAGCUAUGUACUGUAUCUGUAUGUAAUGUUUAGAAAUGAAUUGUACUUCCAUUGUCCAACAGUGGGUUAUCUGGGUUGUGUGAUAUCUAUACUGCAAAAAAAAUAAAUGUAACUAGAAUAUUUGUCUGGAAUGAGAUCCAUACAAGAUAGAGGGAAAUUCAUCAGUUAUGCUGUCCUGUUUUUUUAUGUGCUGCGUCUUGUAUUUAGAUAUUUUUGUCCUCUUCUUUUAAAAUGUUUUCUACUAUAAAUGUUCUUAAAGCACAGUGAUGAAAACACAAAGUGCCAUUACGUAUAACUGUAAAUAAAAUGAAAGGUCAAACGUUU